AAUGUUACCCCCUUCUUAUCAUAAAGAUAAAGAAGAGAAAACCAUGAGAGCAUUAGUGUUGGUCGUCGUGCUUCUAGCCACCAUCGCCACAUUUUCCCAUGCAGGCCCUCCCCCCAGGCAAGUCCACAACAUUUCCGGCGUCAACUGCCUGAGCUGGCGGCUAGGCGUGGAGAGCAACAACAUCCGUGACUGGACAAUGGUCCCCCAGCAAUGCGAAGGCUACGUCGGCCACUACAUGCUCGGCCACCAGUACCGCGACGACUGCAUCUCCGUCGCCAUCUCCGCCGUCCAGUACGCCAAGAACGCCACGCUGGCCCACGACGGCAACGACAUUUGGGUGUUCGACAUCGACGAGACCACCCUCUCCAACCUCCCCUACUACGCCCGCUCCGACGUCGCCUUCGGGGCAACGAAAUAUAACGCCACCAAGUUUGAUGCAUGGGUUAGUGAAGGAAGGGCACCGGCGGUGCCCGGAGCCGUGCAUUUGUACACAACGCUGUUGUCUCUGGGUAUUGAGCCCGUCUUCCUCUCCGGCACAAAGUCAGAGUUCAGAAAAGUGAGAAUCGCCAAUCUCAAGAAAGCCGGUUAUAGCCACUGGAAGACGCUCAUCCUAAAGGGAGCAAAUGACACGGGGACCGCAGUGGAGUACAAGUCCAAGAAGAGGACGGAGCUGGUGAAGAAAGGGUACCGAAUCAUCGGAAACAUCGGCGGCCAGUGGAGCGAUUUGCUGGGGGAUAACGCUGGAGCGCGUACUUUCAAGUUGCCGGAUCCUAUGUACUACAUUGCUUAAUUAGUUUGAUGAGAUUAAUAAAUCAAAGAUUAGCCUGUUAGUUAAGAGGUUCCAUGCAGAUUUAGGUCGAGAUUGCAUUUCCGAUCCAGUGUACUAUGACUACUAUCGUAUUUUUAUUAGUUCAAUAAAUUCCGUCUUUUUUAUUUUCAAA